AGCAUCAUUGACCAAACUGGACUUAUCAAGCAAUGAAAUCCUGUUUGUUAAUAACGAUGUUUUCCAGCCUUUGCAGGCCUUGACGCAUCUGUGGUUGUUUAAGAAUAAGAUGACUGCACUGGCCAGCAUGCCAGACUCUCUUACCUCCUUGUCACUUAAUGAAAAUCCUUGGACCUGCAACUGUCAUCUGGUGAGCUCCAUGCAGUUACUGAAGGAGAAAGUUCAGACACCCAGUGGCCUAGUUUGCAAUAGUCCACCGAGCCUGAGGGGACGCCAUAUGUUGAGUGUCGGGCCUGAAGUUUGUGCUUUUCCAACUCGCACAGAAAAUCUACCACAGGAAAGCACUUCAAAAUUUAACUCGCUCUAUGGCUUCACAGGAGGACUUUUCUUCAGUUUCGUCAUGUGUCUGAUUGUCUAUUUUGUCACAAAACACUGGAAAUAUAGCAGAGUUGCUAAUCAGGCAGAGGAUGGACACAUCUUACAGAAGGACUCUGUGGAAGAGUUCCCGAGGAGCGUGACCAAUGCCCCUUCAGUAUCCUCACUUCCUCAUAGCUGUGUGAUAAAAGCAAAUACAACAAGGGGCUUUCAGAAGGAAAGUGAAGCUGACACAACAGAAAAAGCACUGUGUGACCAUUUGAACAACACGUCCAAAUCCAGCAGAGAACAUUCAGAAACAAGUUCCCCAGUGAAGAUGCCUAGAGUGGCCGUGCUGCCGGCUCACAGUCCCACAGGUAAAAAGAUCAUGACGAUCUGUAAGGAUGGAAUGGAAAUUGAAAGAUUAACUGAAAGUCCAGACAAAGCCACAAGCCCAGCACUCCAGCAAGUGGGCAGCAAAAAUGUGGAGAAAGCAGUUGAAAUCCCCAGAUGUGUCAGUGCACCGGGCUUACUUCCUAAUGUGGAGAAACAACCUUCUCCAAAAAGGGACCAUGGUUUGCAUUGCUCAUCGUUCAGCCAUGAAAAAACAAGCCCGAUGAGGGAGUGGAUGGAGAAUAGGGAACCUGCCUUGGUGAAAUAUUUUGAAACCCAGCGGGAAGGGCAGGCUUUGAGUCCCAUUACCUGGUUUUUUGGUUCUCAGUGUUCCCGGACUUUGGUAAAUGUAGUUUCUCCAGCAGGAAGUGCUACACAUAUACAAACAGGCAGAGACCGAAUUCACACCGCCUCUAACAAGAGAAGUAAAUCCUGGAGCCCCUUUCACUUCAGCAUCUCCAGUCAUUUAACAGAGGCUCAUGGAGAUAGUGCAUCUAGAAGAAAUUCUGAGAAUGGAUUUGAGGCCAACUCGGUGCAUUCAAGAAGAGACACAGACUGCGAGACUUUAUGUCGAGAACAUUUUAUAAAGAGUGAGUCCACAGAUACUACUGAGGACAGAUCCAAAGAUCAAGGAAUGAAAGAACCAGAUUUGCAGAAAGACAUCUAUCUCAAGAACUGUUGCAUUGCACAGAGUGAAAGCAACAAUCAGGGAGAGACUACGAACACAGGGGAUGUCAACCUCACUCCAGAACCUGAAGCACGAGCCAACUCCCCACUUUCAGAUUUAGCCAGCCCUAGAGAAUAUGCUGGUGCCAGCAACCCAGAUAAUAAAGGCAUUAAGCCUGCAGUGCAGGGCAAAUUAGUUAGCCCCUUUCUUGGAAAAGAAGGUAUCCAUCCCCAGUCUUUCUAUAAUAAUGAUAGAUUGAGAGAAGAGAGGCCCAGCUGUACAAUACCCAGGAGUGAGAAACCUGACAAAGAAUCUUCCUUAAAGAAUAAUAAAUUAACAAAAGAGAGAUUUUGGAAAUACCAUACAAAUUGCUGCAAUGAAUUCCAGCCCUGCCCAACUGCUCAGAAAGUAUUAAAAGAGCUGAAGACUGCACUUCUGACUUCAAGAGAGCAAUUAGAUCUGUCCACGCAGGCUCCCCCCUCUGACAUGGAUCUUCUGAAAGGUAAUGAUAGACUCACCAUUAACCUUUUAGUUAAACUUUCCCAGAGAAGGGAAAAGCAGAGGGCAAAGAAGCAGCCCUGGAAAUGACUGGAGAUUAGUCACUACCAUAAAGUGUAGCCAUGCUGCAGUACCGUAUAGGCUAUGCACUGCUGAUUUGGAUUAAAUUUACACCCAAUUUUAUGAAGAGGUUUUGCCUUCCGCAGCUAACGAACAUCAGUCUGUGGGACUGCUCUUGCGGCAAGGGGGAUCUGUGUGAGCUAAUGCUAGGAAACAGUCUAUGCCCUGUGCUGAUGCUUGUGGCUGCUGGCAAAUGAAGCAUAUUGCAUAAUAAAAGUCCUGGGCAGCAAUGAGACUAUGCAGGCUCUCUCUGCUUAGCAUUAUGCCCCAGCUCACCGCUGGCAGCAGUGUGCGCUGCAGGCCAGCAAGUGAUUGGAUGCCACUUGCCAUGUAUAAUGUCAGGAGCAGCAGAAAUCAAUUUUAAAAUACAAGAUUUUAAAAAUUUUCAUGCCAUUCAAUAGAUGUUUCCCCUUUCCGUUCUCCUUAGAUCUGUCCAUCAGCUAUACAAAUGAGUUAACGUUUGUUUUAGCACCUUGAAAAUGUAAAGCACCACCACGAAGGGAAUUUAGAAGUAUUUCACCUGUAAGUGUUUUUAAUAAAAGGCAAUAUAUUUUCAGUUAUUCAGUAUAUAAUUUUUGGAAAUAACUGCCAAAUAAUGAUGGUCAGCAAACAACUUUGUGAAACUCAACUAUGAAGUAUGCAGGUAAGGAUAGCUUCAGUUGUGAUCUGUUGUAAGACAACAGGGGCUAAUCAUCACUAUAUUUCAGCUACAAUAAUCAUCAGCUAGACUCAGGCAGAAAGAGUAUUUUAACACACAACUUGAAAGGGUUUUACAUCUUCUGAAGCAUCUCACUCCAUCUACCACCAGAAUAUUUGUGUGCAGAUCACUGGUUUGUUGCUGUGAAUUGGGGACAUGUAUUCAGACACUUGUUACCAACCUGUAGAAACUGUGAUAAGGAAUUUUUAGCAGAAUUUAUAAUGUGUCGUGGUGUUUUGUAUUUAACCUAAAUCUUACAGAACAAGAAGUGACCACAACUUUCCUUGCCCAGUAUAUAAACAGUGAGGAGCCACUAACAAACAAAUGGGAAAAGGGAAACAAUAGCACUUUGCCAGAUGCACACGCUUCCUUUGCUCCUGAUGGAAUUUGCCAUCCAGAGUUGCCUGGAGAUGACAGUAAAAUUUUUUGUGGACUUCCUCAGACAAUAACUCUGCAGCUGGGCCAACAAACCAAUAUAUCUCACCAAGAAGCUGGUGCUGAAUGCCAGUCUUUAAGUAAGGCAAUUGUUGAAUCCAUCAAUGAAUUUCAAGGGAGCACUGAAAAAUGCAUUGUAAAAGAUCAGAGCAGGACGGUGGAUAGUUUGGAGCAACUGCAGUUAGGAAAUGCCUCUGUAGGUGCCAAUAAUCUCCUGUCCAGAAGAUGUGAGAAUGCACGUAAUGAACAUGUUGCCCAGGACUGGAAGUCUUUGGAUGCAGAAACUGAUUCGGAUGCACUGACACAAACAUAUAAUACUAUCAAUGAGCAUUUUGCAGGAGGUGAAGAAGGUUGUGUUCCUGCAUCUCCAAGUAUUUUACACAGAGAACUCUGCCAUGUUAAAUCUCUACAACUCAGCACUAUGGCAUCUGUCUAUACUUGCCUCCCUCUCAGUGCAGAUGAAAGCACCCUGGCGCCUGACUCUGAAACUUCCAGUCCAAAUAUUAGUAAAGUUCCUUUAUUGGACGUUCACAAAGUUGAACGUAAAGGUGUAGCAGACAGAGAGCCCAACUGUUAUUUCUCAGAUGAGGUUAUUUCGGAGCAGAAAAUGCACAUUUCUCCAAGCGAAGAGAAAAGUGUAGGCGGACUGAGAGAUGCAAGUACUGAUGCUGAAUUCAUGCUUAAUGAAAAUGAGGGAGCUCAGUUUGAUAUUGACCAGGAGAAAACAAAGGCAUUUCAAUCUGACGGUACUGAGCACAAUUCAUAUGAGUUAGUGAAAGUUGUUAGCUCAAAUGACACAGACGGCCAAAAGAAUACUAGGGAGCUGUUAGCCCCCCGUGACAAUUCGAGGAUUGAAAAUAAAACCUGGCAUAAUACUGACAACCGUCCUUGCAGAAGCUGCUUGGGAAAUUCCUGUGCUUCUAUAGCAGCCGAUCGUAAUGAAUGUGACAAUGCAGAAUGCAGAAAGGAAACUGGCCCUGAGUCUCUCUGCCAACCUGCUGUAUCAAAAGGGAGCAGAUCCUUUACAAAUCCUUCUCUUACUGUUUAUGAAAGUCAAGCAGAAGAAAUCAGUGUUGCAGGCUAUGAUGGUACUUUUUCUCACUCACGCCAGGCCUCCAGGAAUACAGGAAUUCAGCAAUUUACUUGUAAUAAAAAGGACGAGUUUCAGCUCCAGAAUAUACAGGUAAAUCCAAAAACAGAGAAUGAACCAGAUAUGAAAUAUUCUAACUCUAAAUACCCCAUGUUAGUGGCUGGCAACACAGAUGCUAAGCUUUGUGUAGCAGGAGACAACCCCUCUGCCAGUCCAUAUUUAGAAAGCAGACGGCCCCUGGAGAUUGGACUACAUUCUAAGACCAUUCGUCUGCCAGAGCAGUCUCACAGGUCUCUUCUGCAACAAGGUUCUGCGCUUUCCAACCCAUGGAAGAAGGAAUUAGAGCAAAACUGGAAUGAAAGUCCCUCAGGAAAACAACUCAAGAAAACAUAUUGUUCUGUUUUCAGACUACCUACCGAAGGCUCAUCUUUUGGGAAACUUUGCCAGAAUUUAGACUGUACCAUUGAGCCUCCUGAUCUGAGCAAGGGAACAUUCCCCACUACCCUACUGACACCAAAUCCAUAUUUAUUGGGACAAGAAACUGAAAUACAUGCAAAUGGAGGGUCUUGGGCGUUCAACCCUCAACUGAUGGAUAAAGCCACAUAUUUAAGUUGCCUUUAUAAUCCAAAGGCACAGAGGAAACAAGCAAAUGAACUAAGUGUACUUUCUAAUCUCCGCUAUUGUAAAAUUUCAGCAAAAGUAUCCUUUGGUGUGGAGGAGGAGGAAUGGAGGUCAGUGUCUCAAAAAAAAGAAAA